UCAGGAGGAGGAGAGCUCAGAGACUGCGGCCGGCUUCGGCCACCUUCCCCUCGCUUUCCCUCUCCGUGUUCAAACCGAGCACUGGUCUGCCGUCGACCUUCGCUGCCUCUGCCCGCGGCGCUGGGCUUUCGCGUGUGCCCUUGCUCCUGUACAUAUUUUAUCCUUCCUUUUUUAUAUUUGUAUUUUAUUUAAGGCUGGCUGCCCCCCCCCCCCCCAGCCUCGCUGCUCGCCAAUAAAGCUGGCGCAGGGACACCUGCCUGCGACCAUAGAGACGCGGUCCUCCCGGCCUGCUAGAGCGGCCCCCCGCGGUCCUCCAGCAUCCCAGCGUCCCUUGCGCGCUCCCGCCCGGCCUCAGCGGCUUCCGGCGGCGGCAGAGCAGGGGCGGCGGGAGCAGCGAGGCGGCGGCAGCCAUGGCGUACCGCGGGCAGGGCCAGAAGGUGCAGAAGGUGAUGGUGCAGCCCAUCAACCUCAUCUUCCGCUACCUGCAGAACAGGUCGAGGAUCCAGGUGUGGCUUUACGAGCAAGUGAACAUGCGGAUAGAAGGCUGCAUCAUCGGCUUUGACGAGUACAUGAAUUUGGUGCUGGACGACGCAGAGGAGAUUCACUCCAAGACAAAAUCAAGGAAACAGCUGGGUAUGUCGUGCGUCUGUGCAACCCGAGUGACGCGCGGUCUGAAACCUGCCCGGGUCGGAUCAUGUUAAAAGGGGACAACAUCACUCUUCUACAGAGCGUUUCUAACUAGAAUUUGCCAUCCUUAGCACAAAGGUGGCUGCCGUGCUGCAGAGUGACUGAGUGCCAGGGGAACGCGGCCCGCGGGUAGAAGUUAUUUGUAACUGGGGUUGCAUGCCGAGGUAAAAAGUCCUUCCUUUGUGGGAGCGAGUUUUUUGUAGCUUGAAACAAUACGCGAUGUAUUUCACAAAUAAACGUUUUUCACAUUAAC